CCUUCCCAGCACCCGGCCCAGGGCUGGAGCUGGCUGCAGGGCUGGCCCGCGGCGACCUGGGCAGGGUGGCGGCUGCUCCCUCUCCUCCCACCCCGCCCCGAGGCGCAGCGCGCGGCAGAGCGGCUCGGUGCCCGGCGGGCGGGCGGCCCGGGCGGGCCUGCGGUCGGGAUGAGGACGGCGCCUACGCUGCAGAGCGCUGGGGCGGCGCGGGCCGGGAGCUCGUUGGCGGCGGCAGGCGUGGCGGGCGGAGCGGGCCUUGGAGCGGAGCCAAGAAAUUCUCAUUCCUCAGGAAGUUGUGCAGCGACCCAGCUGAGGGGCCCCCGACUCCCCAGGCUCCACUCAGGACCAUGAGCGCAGGCUUCCCUGGGGCCCAUCGAGGGCUGAGGAUGGCCGUCCGGCCCAUUCCGCGGGGCCCCCCUCGGAUAGCUGCGUUGUCCUAGCGCCAGGACGGAGGGGCCAUGCCUGGGGAGCGCCCCCGAGGAGCGCCGCCCCCCACCAUGACUGGAGACCUGCAGCCCCGCCAAGUUGCCAGCAGCCUGGGGCGCCCCUCCCAGCCCCCACUGGAGGACAACACCCCAGCUACCAGGACCACCAAGGGUGCCAGGGAGGCUGGCGGCCGAGCCCAGGCCAUGGAGCUCCCCGAGGCCCAGCCAAGGCAGGCCAGGGAUGGGGAGCUCGAGCCCCCACCCCUGAGAGGCCAGGCCCCAAGCAGCACCCCUGGGAAGGGGGGAAGCCCCCAGACCCCACCGGGGAGAAGCCCCUUGCAGGCUCCCUCAAGGCUGGCGGGCAGGGCAGAGGGCAGCCCCCCGCAGCGCUACAGUCUGAGCAUCGCCAGCUCGAGGACCAAGCCCACCCUGGACGAGACACCAGAGAACCCACAGCUGGAGGCUGCCCAGCUCCCUGAGGCGGACGCCCCCCAGGGCCCUGGGACUGGAGCUCCACUGAGGCCGGGCCUCCCAAAGACUGAGGCCCAACCCGCCGCCGAAGAGCUUGGCUUCCACAGGUGCUUCCAGGAGACACCCUCCAGCUUUACCUCCACCAACUAUACCUCACCAAGCGCCACCCCCAGGCCCCCAGCCCCAGGGCCCCCCCAGAGCAGGGGCACCAGCCCCCUCCAGCCCAGUUCCUAUCCCGAAUUCCAGGCCAGUGGGACCGACUCCUGGCCUCCCGCUGCUGAGAAUAGCUUCCCAGGUGCUAAUUUCGGGGUUCCCCCCGCCGAGCCGGAACCCGUUUCCAAAGGCAGCAGGCCCGGCGGCAGCCCCAGGGGAGUUUCCUUCCACUUCCCUUUCCCAGCACUGCAUGGGGCCAGCACAAAACCCUUCCCUGCGGAUGUGGCUGGGCACGCAUUCACCGACGGGCCACUGGUGUUUGCCUUCCAUCAGCCCCAGGGAGCGUGGCCGGAGGAGGCCGUGGGCACGGGCCCUGCCUACCCACUGCCCACCCAGCCUGCACCCUCACCCCUGCCCUGCUACCAGGGCCAGCCAGGUGGCCUGAACCCCCACAGCGACCUCAGUGGUGCCCUCUCUCCCCCUGGAGCUGCUCACUCGGCCCCGAGACCCUUCUCUGACAGUUUGCACAAGAGCCUGACCAAAAUCCUUCCCGAAAGACCACCCUCAGCCCAGGAUGGGCCGGGGAGCACAAGAGGGCCCCCUAGCUCCCUACCCCAGAGGCACUUUCCAGGGCAGGCGUACGGAGCCAGCGGGGUGGAUACCAGCCCGGGGCCUCUGGACACUGAGCUGGCUGCCCCAGGGCCCCCACCCGCCAGGCUGCCCCAGCUAUGGGACCUCACAGCAGCCCCUUACCCCACACCUCCUGGGGGCCCCCUGGCUGCCACCAGGAGUAUGUUCUUUAACGGCCAGCCCAGCCCAGGCCAGCGGCUCUGCCUCCCCCAGAGUGCCCCCCUGCCUUGGCCCCAGGUGCUGCCGACCGCCGGGCCAAGUCCCCACGGAAUGGAGAUGCUGAGCCGGCUGCCUUUCCCCGCGGGGGCCCCCGAGUGGCAGGGGGGCAGCCAAGGAGCCCUGGGCACUGCUGGCAAGACACCAGGACCCAGAGAGAAGCUGCCAGCCGUGAGAAGCAGCCAGGGCGGCUCCCCAGCACUGUUCACCUACAACGGAAUGACAGACCCUGGGGCUCAGCCCCUGUUCUUCAGGGUGGCCCAGCCCCAGGUUUCACCCCACGGGACACCCAGCCUGCCCCCACCGAGGGUAGUAGGAGCCUCCCCCAGCGAGUCCCCGCUGCCGUCACCAGCCACCAACACGGCCGGCAGCACCUGCUCUUCCCUGUCGCCAAUGUCCAGCAGCCCGGCCAACCCCAGCUCAGAGGAAAGCCAGCUCCCCGGCUCCCUUGGGCCCUCGGCCUUCUUCCACCCACCUACUCACCCCCAGGAGACGGGCAGCCCCUUCCCGUCCCCGGAGCCCCCCCACUCCCUCCCCACCCACUACCAGCCAGAGCCAGCCAAGGCCUUUCCUUUUCCUGCAGAUGGGCUGGGAGCCGAGGGUGCCUUCCGGUGCCUGGAGGAGACCCCAUUCUCCCACAACGGCCCCGAGGUGGGUCGGGGAGGGCUGCAGGGCUUCCCCCGCGCGCCGCCCCCGUACCCCACACACCACUUCUCCCUCAGCAGCGCCAGCCUGGACCAGCUGGACGUGCUGCUGACCUGCAGGCAGUGUGACCGCAACUACAGCAGCCUGGCGGCUUUCUUGGCGCACCGGCAGUUCUGUGGCCUGCUCCUGGCCAGGGCCAAGGAUGGCCACCAGCGGUCUCCAGGCCCCCCUGGGCUCCCCUCUCCCACCGCUGCCCCCAAAGUCCCUGCCGACGCACAUCCAGGCCUGCUCAACCACACGAAGACCUUCCUGUUAGCUGGGGACGCCCAGGCCGAGGGCAAAGACGACCCCCUGAGGACCGGCUUCUUGCCCAGCCUGGCCGCCACCCCCUUCCCGCUCCCUGCCUCGGACCUGGACAUGGAGGAUGACGCCAAGCUGGACAGCCUCAUCACCGAGGCGCUCAACGGCAUGGAGUACCAGUCGGACAACCCCGAGAUCGACAGCAGCUUCAUCGACGUCUUCGCGGACGAGGAGCCUUCUGGCCCCAGAGGUCCCAGCACUGGACAGCCCCUUAAGACCAAGGCGGGGGUGACUCCGGAGAACAAAGCUCUGCCCCCGCUCCCAGCAGCCACGCCGGACCCCCAAACCCCCCGCCCUGGGGACAGGGGCUGCCCAGCCCGAGGGAGGCCCAAAACGCGUUCCCUGGGUCUGGCCCCCAUCGAGGCGGAUGCGCCCAGCCAGGGCAGGCAGCAGAGGAGAGGGAAGCAGUUGAAGCUGUUCCGGAAGGAUCUGGGCACGGGCGGCGCAGCAGAGGGGUCGGGGUCGGGCGGCGCAGCAGAGGGGUCGGGGUCGGGCGGCGGCAGCAGAGCCUCCGGCCUGAGGCCCAGGAGGAAGGGCAGUCUCGGGGAGCAGCCCGCACCCCGCCCCCGGGGCCCUAGAACUCAGGCCCCCCAGAGCUGUGCAGACCCCGCCCCCCAGGUCCCGAGAGCCACCGCCCUCUCGGAGGAGACCCGGAGCUCCCAGCGCCUCCGGCUGCCCCCCAGGAAGGACCCCAGGAAGAGGAAGGCUCGGGGCGGCACCUGGGGCAAGGAGCUCAUCCUGAAAAUCGUGCAGCAGAAGAACAAGCGCUACCGGCGGCUGGGGCGGCGGGUGGACAGGCGCGGCUCCCUGAAGGCGGAGAGGCCCCAGCCCCGAGCUGAGGACCGCAGGCUCCGCGAGUACGACUUCGCCUCGGAGUCCGAGGAGGACGAGCAGCCUCCGCAGCGGGGCCCCGGCUUCAGAGGCCGGCGGUGCCGAGGCGAGAAGAGAAAGGAAAUGGACUUGACCCAGGGUCCCAGAGAGGAUGAGCAGCAACAGAAACCCCGGAAGGCAGUGAGGCAGGAAGCCGGCGGGGACAGAGCCCCCACGAACCCCGAGGAGCCGGGCAGGCGUCGCCCCGGCCCCCGCAGGAGCCCUCAGGCCCAUGGCCCAUCUCGAAGCCUAGAGGCGGGAGCAGCCGCCAGGGAGAGAGGCCCCAAGUGUGCUGAUCGCCCCUCAGUGGCCCCCAAGGAUCCCCCGCAGGUCCCCACCAACACCGAGACCUCAGAGGAAACCCGCCCGUCGCUGGACUUCCCCCAGGAGGCCAAGGAGCCUGAAAUUGCCAAAAAGUCAGCCCCGGACAGCACAGAAUUCACAGAGGCUUUGCGUUCUCCUCCAGACGCCUGUGUGGGAGAAAUGGGAGCAAGCCCCCGUCUCCUGACGCCAGAGCAGCCGCAGCCCAGCAGACAUGACACCCGCACCCCCAAGCUAUCGGGAAGCCUCGCCAACACGGCGCCCCAGGGAAGCUCGCCAACGCCAGGUGUGGGCAGCCUGCUGGGUGGUCCUGGGUGCACACAGGCCCCGGUCUCCCACAACAGUGAGGACCCCCCUGCCCACCAGCCUGGAGAAUUUCUGGCACCCAUGGCUAACCCUUCAAGUACCGCCUGCCCCAAACCCAGUGUUCCGUCUUCAGAGAUCUCCAGUUUUGGCUGUGACCCUGCUGGUUUUAACGGAGACCCCUUGGGGGUUCCAGUUGCCAAAAACGGGCCUCAGCCCUACAGCAGCCCCCACAGUGAGUUGUUCCUCGGACCCAAAGAUCUGGCUGGCUGUUUCCUGGAAGAACUGCACCCCAAGCCCUCAGCCAGGGAUGCCCCGCCGGCCAGCAGCUCCUGCCUUUGCCAGGAAGGCGAGGAUGCCGGUUCCCUUGAGCCACAGCUGCCGAGGAGCCCACCUGGCACGGCUGAGACAGAGCCAGGUAGAGCUGCAUCGCCACUGACCUUGGAGUCCACAUCCCUCUUCCCAGACCUGCCGGUGGACAGAUUCGACCCGCCCCUCUAUGGCAGCCUGUCUGCAAACAGGGACUCCCGGCUGCCGUUCGCAUGUGCCGACCCUCCCCAGAAGACGGUGCCAUCAGAUCCACCGUACCCCUCUUUUUUGCUGCUUGAGGAAGUAUCCCCGAUGCUGCCUAGCCAUUUUCCUGAUCUCUCGGGGGGAAAGGUGCUCAGUAAGACGUGUCCCCCUGAACAGACAGUGGCUCCCGGCGCCGCCCCGUCUUUGCCUGGGAAGGGGAGUGGAUGUAGUGUUGCUCUUAUGAGUCACCUGUCCGAGGACGAACUGGAGAUCCAGAAAUUGGUCACCGAAUUAGAAAGUCAGCUGCAAAGGAGCAAAGACACACAUGGGGCCCCGAGAGAGCUCGGAGAAGCUGAGUCUGUGGGCAGGAUGGAGCUGGGCACAGGCACAGAGCCACCCUCCCAACGGCGCACCUGCCAGGCCACUGCACCCCACAAGGACACGUUCUCGGCAGCUGAGCUCACGUGCGUUGGGGAACCCACUGCACAUCCGGAUGGUGCAGCAUCGGCUGUGGCCACCGUGGAAACGGUUCAGGGGCGGCCCAGGGGGACGUGGCCCUGCCCAGCCUCCUUCCAUCCGAGAGACGCAGCCCUUCUCUCCUGUGCCCAGGAAGACCUGGUUUCUGGGGCUCCUUUCAGUCCCAGGGGAGCCAACUUCCAGUUUCAGCCGGUGCAGAAAGCCGGAGCCUCCAAGACUGGACUUUGCCAGGCAGAAGGAGACAGCGGGCCCCCCACAGAUGUCUGCCUGCCUGACCCCAGCAAGCAGCCCGGGCCACAGCUGGAUGCCGGGAGUUUAGUGAAGUGCAUCCCCGACCAGGAACUUUCAUUUCCUAAGAAUAAGGAGGCCGCCAGCUCACAAGAAAGUGAAGACUCCCUGCAGGCGCUUCCCUGUGAACAGAGAGAAGGGUUCCUCCCAGAACUGGGCACAGCAGACAAGCCCCACCAAGAGGCCGCUGCACAGAGAGGAGGGUUCCUCCCAGAACCCGGCACAGCAGACCAGCCCCACCGAGAGGCCCCUGCUCCAGAAGCUUUUGGCAGCCCUGCUGUCCAUCUGGCCCCUGACUUGGCAUUUCAGGGUGACGGGGCUCCACCUCUGGAUGCCACCUGGCCUUUUGGUGCCAGUCCCAGCCAUGCUGCCCAGGGACAUUCUGCAGGCAGAGCAGGUGGGCACCUCCACCCCACAGCAGGGAGGCCUGGCUUUGAGGGUAAUGAGUUUGCACCGGCGGGGGCCUCCUCACUGACUGCCCCCCAGGGCAGGGAGGCUUGGUUGGUCCCUGUGCCAAGUCCUGCCUGUGUGUCCAACACCCACCCCAGCAGGAGGUCCCAGGACCCAGCUUUGAGCCCCCCCAUAUGUCAGCUUCAGCUCCCAGGGCCUGGAGUGGCUGAGAGUAAAGAUGGCAUCCUGGGCUUGCAGAAGCUAACACCUGCUGCCCAGAGCCCUCCACGAGUGAACCCCUCAGGUCUGGAAGGGGGCACUGUGGAAAGAGGGAAGGUGGCCUGUGGCCCCGCCCAGGGCUCCCCAGGGGGUGUGCAGGUGACAACUCUCCCUGCAGUGGCCGGACAUCAGCUGGGGCUGCAGGCAGAUGGACAUCGGGGCUUGCUUGGCCAAGCUGAGAAAACCCAGGGCCAAGGCACAGCCAACUGGCUUCAGCCAGAGAACGGGGUGAGCCCAGUGGGGACGGACAACCAUGCCUCAGUCAAUGCCAGUCCCAAAACAGCGCUGGCCAGCCCCGCCGAGGGUGCAGUCCUGCUAGAGAAACGCAAGGGAAGCAGGACAGCCAUGAGCCUUCAGGAGGAGGCCCAGCCCACCCCAAGCCCUCCGUCCCCUGAUAGGGAGUCCCUGGCGCUGGCCUUGACAGCAGCCCACACCCGAAAUGGAUCUGAGGGCCGGACUCCAGAAAGGGCGUCCAGCCCAAGCCUGAACAAGCCGCCGCUGGCCACAGGGGAUAGCCCAGCACCCUCUGUCGGAGACCUGGCUGCCUGUGCCCCCUCACCCACUUCAGCCACCCGCAUGCCCUGCAGCCUUGGGCCCCUGCCCCAUGAAGACCCACUUACCUCGCCUUCCAGUGCCACCAGGGCCCAAGGUGGGCUGGGGGGGCAGCUGCCAGCAUCUCCAUCCUGCAAGGACCCUCCCGGCCCCCAGCACCUGCUGGCCUGUUCUCCUGCCUGGGCACCUCUGGAAGAGGCAGAUGGUGUCCGAGCCACAACAGAUACUGCUGGGGCUGAGGAUUCCCCAAUGGCUCCCCUGUCCUUGACAACAAGCCCCUGCGAUCCCAAGGAAGCCCUGGCUCGUUGCCUUCUCCAGGGGGAGGGCAGCCCCCUGGAAGACCCGUCCUCCUGGCAUCCUGGCUCCGUCAGUGCUGUAACCUGCACUCACGGUGGGGACAGCCCCAAAGACAACACUUUAAGAAUUCCAGAGGAUUCCAGAAAAGAGAAGCUGUGGGAGUCUCCUGGCCGGGCCACCUCUCCUCCCCUGGCGGGGGCCGUCUCCCCCAGCGUGAUCGUCAGGGCUGCAGGCCUGUCCAGCACUCCCACCGAAGAUGAGGCACAGGCAGGCAGGGGACUCCCAGGGCCAGACCCCCAGAGCAGGGGAGCCCCGCCCCACACCAACCCUGACAGGAUGCCCACGGGCCACUCCUCAUAUUCUCCAAGCAAUACUGCCCGCCUCGGACACAGGGAGGGCCAGGCUGUCACAGCUGUGCCCACUGAGCCUCCCACGCUACAGGGUGCAGGGCCAGACUCCCCCGCCUGCUUGGAAGGUGAGAUGGGGACCAGCAGCAAGGAGCCGGAGGACCCAGGGACCCCUGAGACCGGGCGCUCUGGUGUUACCAAGAUGCCCAGGGUCACCUGCCCUUCCACGGGACUGUGCUUGGGAAGAACCACAGCUCCAAGCAGCACAGCCAGUGACUUCCAGUCUGACUCCCCCCAAAGCCACAGAAAUGCCUCCCACCAGACUCCUCAGGGGGACCCCCUCAGCCCCCAAGACCUCAAACAGAGGCCCCGUGGCUAUAAAAAGAAGCCUGCAUCUACAGAGAACGGCCAGUGGAAGGGCCACGCUCCACAUGGGCCUGUGACCUGUGAGGUCUGCGCAGCCUCUUUCCGCUCCGGGCCGGGCCUGAGCCGGCACAAGGCCAGGAAGCACCGGCCACACCCGGGAGCCCCCGCGGAGCUGAGCCCAGAGGCCUUGCCUGCUCAGCAGCCUCUAGAGCCCCUAGCCCAAAAGUGCCAGCCCCCCAGGAAGAAAAGCCACAAGGUGCCUGGGAAGGAGAGACCAAAUCACUCGCGGGGAGACCCCAGCCAUGUCACCCAGCCACCGCCUGCCCAGGGCUCAAAGGAGGUUCUCAGAACACCGGGCUCCCCACACAGCCAGCAGCUGCACCCUCCAAGCCCUACUGAGCAUGAGGUAGAUGUGAAGACUCCGGCCUCCAAGCCCACACCUGACCAGGCCAGGGAAGAUGAGCUCCAUCCCAAACAGGCAGAGAAAAGAGAAGGCCGGAGGUGGCGCCGAGAGCCCACCGUGGACUCUCCUAGCCACUCAGAGGGGAAGUCAAAUAAGAAAAGGGGAAAGCCGAGAGGGAGAAGGCUCCGGGAGGAGAGCGCUCUUCCACUAUCUCCUGAUGUGAUUUCAGAUGGGCGCGGCUCCAGACCAUCCCCUGCGAUGGCCAGUUACGCCGCCCCUCCGAGCCACUGCCUCUCUGUGGAAGGAGGGCCUGAGGCUGACGGGGAGCAGCCGCCUCGCUUGGCCACUCCGGGACCUGGGGUGAUGGAGGGUGCAGCAGAGACUGACCUGGAGGCUCUGUGUGCAGGGGAGACUGGGGCCCAGAAGCCCCCUGGAGAUCGGAUGCUGUGUCCAGGGAGGAUGGACGGUGCAGCUCUGGGGGAACAGCCAGCUGGGCAGAAGGGAGCCUCGGCAAGGGGGUUCUGGGGACCAAGAGAGACCAAGGCAUUGGGUGUGUGCAAAGAGUCUGGGAGCGAGCCUGCGGAGGACAGCAGCGGGGCCCACAGCCGAUCAGAGGAAGGCAUCUGGGAGGAGAACACGACCCCCUUGGGCCCCCUGGGUUUUCCCGAGACUUCCAGCUCUCCGGCGGACAGCACCACCAGCAGCUGCCUCCAGGGCCUCCCGGACAACCCAGACACCCAGGGUGGAGUCCAGGGGCCUGAGGCCCCCACUCCUGAUGCCUCCGGCUCCGGCUCCAAUGCCAAAGAUCCUCCAAGCUUGUUUGAUGAUGAGGUCUCUUUCUCCCAGCUCUUCCCUCCAGGCGGCCGCUUGACUCGAAAGAGGAACCCGCGUGUCUAUGGGAAGCGCUGUGAGAAGCCGGUGCGCUCGCUGCCAACCCAGCCCAGCUUUGAGGAGGGCGGUGGCCCCACGCUGGGCCCAGCCCGCCUGCCCACGGACCUCAGCGACUCCGGCUCCCUCUGCCUCUGCCAUGAGGACCCGUGGGAGGACGAGGAUCCCGCAGGUCUGCCCGAGUCCUUCCUCCUGGAUGGGUUCCUCAACAGCAGGGUGCCUGGCAUUGACCCCUGGGCCCCCGGCCUCAGCCUGUGGGCCCUGGAGUCCAGCAGGGAAACCGGUGCAGAGAAGCUGCCCUCCCACUGCCCCGAGGACGAUCGGCCCGAGGCCAUUCCUGAGCUGCACAUGGUCCCAGCGUCUUGGCGAGGCCUGGAGCUGCCGGCCCCUGCCGAUGACUCCUCCUCUUCUCUCGGAGAUGUGAGCCCCGAGCCCCCCAGCCUGGAGAGAGAACGCUGUGACGGUGGGCUUCCCGGGAACACCCACCUGCUGCCGCUCCGUGCCGCGGACUUUGAGGUGCUCAGCACCAAGUUUGAGAUGCAAGACCUGUGCUUUCUGGGACCCUUUGAAGACCCCGUGGGUCUCCCCGGCCCCAGCUUCUUAGACUUCGAGGCCACGGCGAGCUCACAGGGGCCACAGAGCCGAAGGACAGAGGAGGCUGCAGGGGCAGGGAGGGCCCAAGGCAGAGGCCGGCCGGCCAAGGGCAAGCGGGCCUCCUACAAGUGCAGAGUGUGCUUCCAGCGCUUCCGCAGCCUGGGCGAGCUGGACCUGCACAAGCUGGCCCACACGCCCGCGCCGCCGCCCACCUGCUACAUGUGCGUGGAGCGCAGGUUCGGCUCGCGGGAGCUGCUGCGGGGCCACCUGCAGGAGAGGCACGCGCAGAGCAAGGCGGGGCCCUGGGCGUGCGGCAUGUGCCUGAAGGAGGUGGCCGACGUCUGGAUGUACAACGAGCACCUGCGUGAGCACGCGGCCCGCUUCGCCCGCAGGGGGCAGGCGCGGAGGUCCUUGGGGGACCCGUCCGGAGGCCUGGAGGGCAGCAGCGCCAUCGCCCACCUUCUGAACAGCAUCAUGGAACCCGCGCCCAAACACCACAGGGGCAAGCGCUCCGCCGGCAAGGCCGCCGGGAGCCCGGGAGACCCGUGCGGGCAAGAGGGAGAAGCCAGGAAAGAGAGCCCGGGCGAGAGGGCGAAACCCCGAGCGCGCAGCACCCCCAGCAACCCAGACGGGGCCGCGACACCAGACGGCGCCUCCGCCAACGCCCUGGCUGACGCCGGCAGCCCGGGCCCCCCCAAGACGACCCCCGGCCCGUCCCCCGACCCCUGGGCCGGCGGGGAGCCCCUUCUGCAAGCCACCCCGGUGCACGAGGCCUGCAAGGACCCCUCCCGCGACUGCCACCACUGCGGGAAGCGCUUCCCCAAGCCCUUCAAGCUGCAGCGCCACCUGGCGGUGCACAGCCCGCAGCGCGUCUACCUGUGUCCCCGGUGCCCCCGGGUCUACCCCGAGCACGGGGAGCUGCUGGCACACCUGGGCGGGGCGCACGGGCUGCGGGAGCGGCCGGAGCUGCAGCACACGCCGCUGUAUGCCUGCGAGCUCUGCGCCACGGUUAUGCGCAUCAUCAAGAAGUCCUUCGCCUGCAGCUCCUGCAACUACACCUUCGCCAAGAAGGAGCAGUUCGACCGCCACAUGGACAAGCACCUCAGGAGGGGGCGGCAGCCCUUCACGUUCCGCGGCGUGCGGAGGCCGGGAGCGCCGGGACAGAAGGCCCGGGCCCUCGAGGGCACACUGCCCAGCAAACGGCGCAGGGUGGCCAUGCCCGGCAGCGCCCCUGGGCCCAGCGAGGACAGGCCUCUUCCCCGGGGAAGCAGCCCCAUCCUGAGUGAGGGCUCCCUCCCAGCCCUGCUCCACCUGUGCUCGGAGGUGGCUCCCAGCACCACCAAGGGAUGGCCCGAGACCCUGGAGAGGCCUGUAGACCCCGUGACCCACCCGAUCAGGGGUUGUGAUCUGCCAUCCAACCACCAGGAGUGUCCCCCGCCGUCUCUGUCUCCCUUCCCAGCUGCCUUGGCUGAUGGCAGAGGGGACUGCGUGCUGGAGGGAGCCCUGGAGAGGCCAGAGAACGAGGCUUCCCCAGGCAGCCCCGGGCCUCUUCUCCAGCAAGCUCUCCCUCUGGGGGCAUCUGUGCCGCGGCCGGGAGCCAGAAGCCAAGAUGCAGAGGGAAAGAGGGCCCCUCUCCUGUUCUCAGGGAAACGCAGGGCCCCGGGUGCCCGUGGCAGAUGUACCCCUGACCAUUUCCAGGAAGACCACACCCUGCUUCAGAAAGAGAAGGAGGUGUCCUCAAGCCACAUGGUGUCUGAGGGGGGGCCCGGCGGCGCCUUCCACAAGGGCAGUGCCACCAAGCCUGCGGGCUGCCAGAGCUCAUCAAAGGACAGGUCGGCAGCAUCCACCCCCAGCAAAGCACUCAAGUUCCCAGUGCACCCGAGGAAGGCGGUGGGGAGCCUGGCACCCGGGGAGCUGGCCCGUGGCACAGAGAAUGGGAUGAAGCCCGCCACCCCCAAAGCCAAACCAGGCCCCAGCUCCCAGGGCAGUGGAAGCCCUUGCCCCGGCACCAAGACAGGAGGUGGCAGCCAGCCCCAGCCAGCCAGCGGGCAGCUCCAGAGCGAGACAGCCACCACCCCAGCCAAGCCCAGCUUCCCCAGCCGGAGCCCUGCACCAGACAGGCUCCCCCCUCGAGCCCAGGCCAAAACCUGCACCAAGGGAACAAGGGAAGCUGGUGAGCAGGGGCCCCACGGGAGCCCAGGUCCCAAGGAGAAGGGAGAAAGCAGCAUGAAGAGGAGAAAGGGCCAGGUCCCAGGGCCAACCAGGAGUGAAAGUGUGGGGAGCUUCGGGAGAGCCCCCUCGGCCCCUGACAAGCCCCCCCGGACCCCUCGGAAGCAGGCAACUCCCAGCCGUGUGCUCCCAACCAAGCCCAAGCCCAACAGCCAGAACAAACCCAGGCCGCCACCGUCAGAGCAGCGGAAGGCAGAGCCGGGCCACACACACAGGAAGGACAGACUGGGCAAGGCCUUCCCCCAGGGGAGACCCCUGCUCAGGCCCCCCAAGAGGGGCACAGCUGUCCACGGUGCUGAACCUGCCGAGCCGCACACCCACCGGACCGCCGAGGCCCAGAGUGACCUCCUCAGCCAGCUCUUCGGGCAGAGACUAACUGGCUUCAAAAUCCCUUUAAAGAAAGAUGCUUCUGAGUAAUUUCUAGGAGCAAGAGCCUGGGAGCAGAGCUGGGGGUUCCUGUCUAGGCCUGCCUCCUUGGCCAGCUCCAGCUCCCUGAGAUGGUCCACUCUGUGGCCACUUGACUUCUUGUGCAACUGCUCAGGCCUUGAUGUCAGCGCUGAGGUGGUGAUGCUUUAAACAGGGCCCAGGGUGGGCAGCAUUCCCUUUCUUGCUGGAAGGCUGGGGGUGAAAGACGGGGCCACUGCAGCCCUUUUGAGUCCACACAGCUGUUUUCUUGGUACCAAGUACUUGAAGAGACAGCAGCCCAUCCCCCCAACCCACACCCCUGCACCCUGUGGACACCAACACCAUAGAAGCCAAUGUUUGGAGAUUUGCACAGCCUCCCGUUCCCCACAUGGAGAAGGGAAGUAAGUUAAGGCAGCCGUGGGAUGGUGGCAGGUUCCCUCUUAGUCUUGCUGCUGUUGCUGGAAUUCCAAAGUGACCUUAGAAACCACGUGGGGGAAGGCAGUGCUCACUACUUAGAAGGGUUGCUUCUGAGCCGCCUGGUCCCCCAAGAGCACAACAGGCCUCCUCCCUCUGACCACAGGGUCAUGCCUCCUCCCUCUGACCACAGGUUCAUGCCAGCCUCCAUUUGCGCUGCGGGAGAAAAGCCCAUCUCUAGCGCACCUUGACGCUGGGAACUGGGUUCCCGUAUGGAACUGGGAAGAAACCGCCCCUGUGCCAGCUCCCGCGGGCCCUCCCCGUUCCCCCCCAGCCUCCAUGGCCGCCCUCUAGAGCCUCCCUGCUGCACGGAGCUCUGGGCUCCACCUAUCUGCAAUGUUACUCUGAAGUUUCUGGUGCUAUUUUCGUGUUGUAAUGUGAAUACAGGCUUCCUUGAUUUUUUUUUUUUUAAUGGGGGUAUUGGGUGGGACAGACGGGGUCAGGGAGGCCCCACCAUGGCUGCAUCGAGGGCACGGGCACCCGCGUGGCGGCGCUCUCCCUGCCUCCCCUGCCGGGCUGCAAGCCCGAGGUCUGUGCUGCCAGACGGGGAUGCUCAGGGCUGGGGCUGCAGAGCUGCUGCCCCGGCCAGGGCAGCCUCGUGCACUGACCUGACCCAGGCCCGGGACGCACCUGUCCUCUCACAGAGUCGUGCCUGUGAAGGUGGGUCGAAGGGUGAGAGGGCUUCCUUCUCUCCGUAAGAAUCUUGAAGAUCCAUGGUUUGUUUUGCUCUAUUGUUUAGUUUUUACCUUGGGUGCAAUGUGUAUGUCAAAAGUUUUUAUUUUGAUAUUUGAAAGAGACCAAAUCAGGCCCAGACCGCCUCUCUGGAAGGUGUUGUGGGCCAUUCAAAAUGCCUCCUGCCUCCGGAGUGUCGUAAACCAAGAGCGGAGGGGCCCUGAGGUUGUACUGUAAACAUCAUAGUGACUUGUCUUUUCAAAUAUAUUCCCACUAUUUUCGCAGAAAA